AUGUUGGAUAUUAACGCAUUCCUUGUGGAAAAGGGUGGUGAACCAGAAAAAAUCAAAGAAUCGCAAAAGAAAAGAGGUGACUCUAUUGAAAUUGUUGAUGAAAUUAUUGCAGAUUAUAAGGACUGGACCAAGAUUAGAUUUGACUUAGAUGCUUUAAACAAAGAAUUGAAUGCUCUUCAAAAGCAAAUUGGUCAAAAGUUUAAGGCCAAGGAAGAUGCUGGUGAUUUAUUAGCACAGAAGGAUAAGCUUGUUGCUGAUAAAAAAUCUUUUAUUGAACAAGAGCAAAAGGCCGAUGCUGAUUUGCGUAAUAAGGUUAAUCAAGUAGGUAACCUUGUUCAUAAAUCAGUUGUUGAAUCACAAGAUGAAGAUAACAAUGAAUUAGUUAGAACUUGGAAGCCAGAAUCUCUUGCUGAAAUUGGUUCAAUUGCAUCUUGUACUGGUGCUGAAGCCAAAUUAUCACAUCACGAAAUUUUGUUGAGAUUGGAUGGUUACGAUCCUGAAAGAGGUGUAAGAAUAGUUGGACACCGUGGUUAUUUCUUAAGAAACUAUGGUGUUUUCUUAAACCAAGCCUUAAUCAACUAUGGUUUGAGUUUCUUAGCUAAGAAUGAUUACACUCCUUUGCAAGCUCCAGUUAUGAUGAAUAAAGAAGUCAUGGCCAAGACUGCCCAAUUAUCUCAAUUCGACGAAGAAUUAUAUAAAGUUAUGGAUGGUGACGAUGAAAAAUACUUAAUUGCUACUUCUGAACAACCAAUUUCUGCUUACCACGCUGGUGAAUGGUUUGAAUCUCCUCAAGAACAAUUACCAGUCAGAUAUGCGGGUUACUCCUCAUGUUUCCGUAGAGAAGCUGGUUCUCAUGGUAAGGAUGCUUGGGGUAUUUUCAGAGUCCAUGCUUUCGAAAAGAUCGAACAAUUCGUUUUGACUGAACCAGAAAAGUCUUGGGAAGAAUUCGACAGAAUGAUUGGUUUAUCGGAAGAAUUUUACAAAUCUUUGGGUUUACCAUACAGGGUUGUAGGUAUUGUCUCUGGAGAAUUAAACAACGCAGCUGCUAAGAAGUACGACUUAGAAGCAUGGUUCCCGUUCCAAAAGGAAUAUAAGGAAUUAGUCUCUUGUUCUAACUGUACCGAUUAUCAAUCGCGUAACUUGGAAAUUAGAUGUGGUAUUAAGCAACAGAACCAAACCGAGAAGAAGUACGUUCAUUGUUUGAACUCCACUUUAUCAGCCACCCAAAGAGCUUUAUGUUGUAUUUUAGAAAACUACCAAACUGAAGACGGGUUAGUUAUUCCAGAAGUUUUAAGAAGAUAUAUUCCUGGUGAACCUGAAUUCAUUCCAUUUGUUAAGGAAUUGCCAAAGAACUCAACUUCAAAUAAGAAGAACAAGAAAUAA